AUGAGCGAGCAGACCAUCAUUGGAGACGAGAGCCUUCGCGGCGUUCUGCGUCCAGACUUCCUCGUCGCUGCCUCGACGGCUUCGUACCAGAUUGAAGGCGCCUACGACCAGGAUGGAAAGGGCCUCACCAACUGGGACAACUUUCUCAAGGACAAUCCCGAGAACGGAAACGACGCUGUCAUGUCGUACAAGUACUGGCGCGAUGACGUUGCCUUGCUCAAGAAGUAUGGUAUGAACACAUACCGCUUCUCCAUCGCGUGGGCACGCAUCAAGCCCCUCGGCGGCAAGGACGACCCCAUCAACGAGAAGGGUAUCGAGUACUACUCCAACCUCAUUGACGAGCUUCUCGCCAAUGGCAUUGAGCCAUGCGUCACUAUAUUCCACUGGGACCUGCCUCUCGAGCUCGACAAGCGUUACGAGGGCUUUGCCGACACUGAGCGUCUUGUUCCCGACUUUGUUGCCUACGCGCGUAUCCUGUUUGAGCGUUUCGGCGACCGUGUGAAAUACUGGAUUACAAUCAACGAGCCUCUCAUCUACACGCUCUGCAACUGUAUCGAAAUGCACGUCGACGAUUUCCCCGAGUCCAAGUACGUUGCGUACACGAGGAGCAUCCUCCUCUCCCACGCAAAGACCGUGGACAUGUACCGCCGCGAGUUUGCGCCCAAGCAAGGUGGUAAGAUUGCUAUUACCCUCAACAUGGACUGGGUCGUUCCUCUGGACGACUCUGCCGAGGCCAAGAAGGCCACGGACAUUGGUGUCAACCACAUGUUUGGCAUGUACGCCGACCCAAUCUACAAGGGCCACUUCCCCCAGACCUGCAUCGACCGCUUCGGGCCCACCCUUGCCCUGUCCGAGGACGAGUGGAAGCUUGUCAAGGGCUCCAACGACUUCUUCGGUCUCAACCACUACAGCACCUCGUAUGCCACUGGCAAGCUCCUGCCAUACGAGACUGCCACUCCCGUCGAACGCGUCUUUGGCCUCAUCGAGACCACCGUGGAGAAGGAUGGGGUUCAGAUCGGCCCUAGGGGUCAAAACGGCCACCCCACCCAGGUCCCCUGGGGCUUCCGUCUCCUCAUCCAGCACAUUCACAACACGUACUCAAAGGAGGCGGGCCACACGCUCUACGUGACGGAGAAUGGUUUCGCUACUCUGGAUGAGGGCAAGCGUCCCCUGGAGGAGAUCCUCAAGGACACCGAGAGGCAGGCCUACUAUGCCCUCUACCUUCGCGAGAUUGCACAGGCCGUCCGCGACGACGGUAUCGACAUUGGCGGCUACAUGGCAUGGUCUCUUCUGGAUAACCUCGAGUGGACUGGCGGCUGGGCUCCUCGCUUUGGCAUCACCUAUGUGGACCGCAGUACUCCAGAGUACAAGCGUAUUCCCAAGGACUCGGCCUUUAUGCUCCAGCGUGUGUUCAAACAUAUGAUCAAGGACAAGCAGUGA